GGAAGGAAACUAGUAGCUCCCGGUCACAGCCCUGCCUCCUGAGUAGUGGAAUGGAAUGCACCCGGAACUCACUUCCUCUUGAAGACGAGUGUUGAAUUAAGAAAGUAGUUGCACCUGUUCCCAUGAAACGUUCAUGUUUGGAGAGAUGGCAACUUGACAAGCACAAUAAUAACAGUAGCGAACGGGACAGCGUGUUGUAAUGUCGUCCCAGGCUGAGAACGUGGCGGAACUUUUAGAAAUAGACAUAUGUGACGGCGACAUCUGCUCGGAGGGGGAGAGCGGAGUGUUCAUCAACUCAGGUACAGGUGCGUCACUCUUAGACGGCUUCUCAGCGUUUCAGCAGUGGACCGGACCUAGUUCUCGUUCCUCCUCAGGCCACAACAACACAGACUCUGUCUCAAAGAGACCGAGAGAAACAUCAUCCCCGAGCCUGUAUCUCCAGAACGGCCUGGGGUCUGGAGCCGGUGAUCGUGUGACCCUUGGCGACCUCCAGGGUCAGGAUCUCCGAGCCCCACGCUCCUCCAUAGUGGACUGUCUGUUGGUGGAGCUCUAUGACACCUACAGCAGCGCUCGGCUCAGUGUUGACAGCCCGGAUAGCAGUACCGAGGCGUCCAGCUCUGAGCUGUUCUGCCGCAGUAAUACUGGAUCCAGCUUCCUCCAGGAACUACAGGAGAAACACACCAGGAGACACCAGGUCAACUACCUGUCCCAGAAAGCACCAGAAGAGUUGAGCUGUAUCAUAGGGGAGGUACGCUACAGGACCGGUCUCCAGUCAGCCAAGCUGCUGCGCCAGCUGAAGAGGAGAGACCGCCUCAGUCACAAGCUCCAGAAGAACUAUGACAUCAUCACCGCCUGUCUGCAGGCCGUGUCCCAGAAGAGAAGAGUGGACACCAGGUUAAAGUUCACCAUCGAACCUUCUCUGGGCAAGAACGGCUUCCAACAGUGGUAUGAUGCUCUGAAGGCUGUGGUCAGACUUCCUACAGGCAUCCCUAAAGAGUGGAGGAAGAGGGUAUGGCUGACUCUAGCUGAUCAGUACCUCCACAGUAUCUCUAUCGACUGGGACAAAACUCUCCGCUUCGCUUUCAACGAACGCAGUAACCCUGACGAUGACUCACUGGGCAUCCAGAUUGUUAAGGACCUACACAGGACAGGUUGUAGUUCAUACUCCGGCCAGGAGGGGGAGCAGGACCGGGUGGUGCUGAAGAGGGUACUCCUGGCGUACGCUCGCUGGAAUAAGGCUGUAGGAUACUGUCAGGGCUUCAACGUACUGGCAGCGCUCAUAUUGGAGGUUACAGAGGGCAACGAGAGCCACGCACUCAAGGUGAUGAUCUACCUGAUAGACAAGGUGCUACCAGAGAGUUAUUUUGCCAACAACCUGCGUUCUCUGUCUGUGGACAUGGCUGUGUUUAGAGAUCUCCUGAGGAUGAAGCUGCCUCAUCUCUCACAGCACCUACACCUCCUGCAGAAGACUGCUGAUAGAGAGGCUGGAGGCAGCUACGAGCCUCCCCUGACCAACGUGUUCACGAUGCAGUGGUUUCUGACCAUGUUUGCUACGUGCCUGCCCCCCAACACCGUGCUAAAGAUCUGGGACUCUGUGUUCUUCGAAGGUUCUGAGGUUCUGCUGAGGGUGGCUCUGGCCAUCUGGUCUCACCUAGGGGAGCAUAUAGAGUACUGUCAGACAGCAGACGACUUCUACAGCACCAUGGGAUGGAUCACUCAGGAGAUGUUGGAGAACAGCCUCAUAGACUGUAGCCACCUCAUGCAGACGGUGUACUCCAUGGCUGUGUUUCCAUUCCCUCAGCUGGCUGAACUCCGAGAGAAAUACACCUACAACAUCACCCCCUUCCCCACCUCCAACCCCAACGGCAGUGGUGGUCUAGGUGGCUGGGAGGGUGAUGAAGACGAGGAUGAAGAUGAAGAUGCAGUGGUGACAGCAGCGUUGGGAUGUUUGGGUCCUCUGGGGGGGCUGUUAGCUCCAGAACUACAACGGUACCAGAGACACAUUAAAGACCAGCGUGGGGGGGAGCCGGGCGGGAACAUGGCAGACCUGAGUCCCGGGGCGGUGGAUGGUGGCGGCAGAGCGGAGCAUCAAGCGGCCAUCAACAGCAUGCUGCAGGAGAGGAUGAGUACUGACAUCAGCGCUCUGAAGAAACAAUACUCACGUAUCAAGAGACAUCAGCAACAACAGGCCAGGCAGCUGUACAUACACACAGAUCGAUGUCCAGCCACCAGCGUGUUAGCAUCUCAGCUACAUCCUUCUCCUGUCGUCAACCACCUGUUGCUAGGCAGGAAGCCCAGGAACAGCCUGAAACACCCUCCCUCCAGCCUGCGAGGUGUCCCCCUGCCUCAGGCCAGCCCUGCCACCCCUGGCCCCGCCCCUAACCCCGCCCCUAGCGGGGAGAGGGGGAGGAACAGCCUGAAACACCCUCCCUCCAGCCUGCGAGGUGUUCCCCUGCCUCAGGCCAGCCCUGCCACCCCUGGCCCCGCCCCUAACCCCGCCCCUAGCGGGGAGAGGGGGAGGAACAGCCUGAAACACCCUCCCUCCAGCCUGCGAGGUGUCCCCCUGCCUCAGGCACAGUCCAGCCCUGCCACCCCUGGCCCCGCCCCUAACCCCGCCCCUAGCGGGGAGAGGGGGAGGAACAGACUGGUAUCUCAGGCUGAAGACUGUCAGAGCAGGGUGGGGUCCCCCUGGCGCGCCCACGUACGUGCCCACCGCAGGAACAUAGCCCGGGCACGGGUACAGCUAGGGUUUGGAGACAUGGAGGACAGACACCCUCGUCAGGGGGAGGAGGACAGACACCCUCGUCAGGGGGAGGAGGACAGACACCCUCGUCAGGGGGAGGAGGACAGACACCCUCGUCAGGGGGAGGAGGACAGACACCCUCGUCAGGGGGAGGAGGACAGACACCCUCGUCAGGGGGAGGAGGACAGACACCCUCGUCAGGGGGAGGAGGACAGACACCCUCGUCAGGGGGAGGAGGACAGACACCCUCGUCAGGGGGAGGAGGACAGACACCCUCGUCAGGGGGAGGAGGACAGACACCCUCGCCAGGGGGAGGAGGACAGACACCCUCGCCAGGGGGAGGAGGACAGACACCCUCGCCAGGCGGAGGAGGACAGACACCCUCGCCAGGCGGAGGAGGACAGACACCCUCGCCAGGCGGAGGAGGACAGACACCCUCGUCAGGGGGAGGAGGACAGACACCCUCGUCAGGGGAGGAGGACAGACACCCUCGGGGAGGAGGACAGACACCCUCGCCAGGGGGAGGAGGACAGACACCCUCGCCAGGGGGAGGAGGACAGACACCCUCGCCAGGCGGAGGAGGACAGACACCCUCGCCAGGCGGAGGAGGACAGACACCCUCGCCAGGCGGAGGAGGACAGACACCCUCGCCAGGGGGAGGAGGACAGACACCCUCGUCAGGCGGAGGAGGACAGACACCCUCGCCAGGGGGAGGAGAGAGAUGGGGGGGGUGAGGGGAAGGCUGAUGAUGAUGAGGGUAGUCACCUCCCUGUGUCUCCUGCCCAGGCCUCCAGUAAGGAGGACCAACCCGGGGCCACCCCCCAGCAGGUGUUCUCUCCCUUCCCGAGUGUGAAACAGCACAGGCGGUCAGCUGCAGCCCGUAACCUGGGUCUCUACGGUCCCACAGCCAGAACCCCCACAGUUCACUUCCCUCAGCUCAGCCUGAACCGUCCCUCCUCCACUCUCUCCACCAGGAAGCGCUAG